AUGAAGGGCGACUUCAUGACGGUGCGCUUCGACCGGCACAACCCGGCGUCGGAGAAGCGCAGGGCCGAGGACGUGCGCGGGUCGCUCGCCGGGCUCGACUACUCGCCGCUGCCGCGCGUGACGGGGCGGUCGCUGGCCAUGGGCGUGCUGGUGUCGAUGGGCGGCAUGAUCUUCGGCUACGACACGGGCCAGAUCUCGGGUUUCCUCGCCAUGCCCGACUUCCUCGACCGCUUCGGCCAGACCGACGCCAAUGGCGACAAGUACUUUUCCGAGGUGCGCUCCGGGCUCAUCGUCUCGCUGCUGUCCAUCGGCACGCUCUUCGGCGCGCUGUCCGGCGCGCCCAUCGCCGACAAGAUCGGCCGCCGCGCCAGCAUCUCUCUCUGGAGCGCCGUCACGUCCGUGGGCUUCGUCAUCCAGAUCGCCGCCUCCUCCGCCUGGUACCAGAUCAUGAUCGGGCGCUUCGUCGCGGGCCUCGGCGUCGGCGGCCUGUCGCUCCUCGUGCCCAUGUACCAGGCCGAGACGGCGCCCCCCUGGAUCCGCGGCGCCAUGGUGUGCGCGUACCAGCUCUUCAUCACCAUGGGCAUCUUCCUGGCGGCGUGCUUCAACUACGGCACCGUCACGCACCAGGGCGGCAGCUCGGCCAGCUGGCGCAUCGUCAUCGGCCUGGGAUGGAUCUGGACACUCGUCCUGGGCUUCGGCAUCCUGGCCUUCCCCGAGACGCCGCGCUUCGACUACCGCCGCGGCCGGGUCGAGCGCGCCCGCGAGACGCUGUGCCGCGUGUACGGCGCGGGCGAGAACCACUGGGCUGUCCACACGCAGAUCGAGGAGAUCGAGAGCAAGCUGCGCGCCGAGGACAAGAUCCAGCAGGGCCCCGUGGCCGAGUUCGUGGGCAUGUUCCGCGCGCCGCGCAUGGCGUACCGCAUCGCCCUGGGCGUGGCCCUGCAGAUGUUCCAGCAGCUGACGGGCGCAAACUACUUCUUCUACUACGGCACCACCAUCUUCAAGUCGGUGCAGAUCGACAGCUUCAUCACGCAAAUCAUCCUCAACACCAUCAACUUCGCCACCACCUUCCUGGGGCUGUACAUCGUCGAGCACUACGGCCGCCGCAAGUCGCUCAUCGGCGGCGCGGCCUGGAUGUUUGUGUGCCUCAUGAUCUUCGCGUCGGUGGGCCACUUUGUGCUCGACGUCGACGACCCGGCCAGCACGCCCACGCCGGGCAUCGUCCUCAUCGUCUUUGGCUCGCUCUUCGUGCUGGGCUUCGCCACCACCUGGGGCCCCAUGAUCUGGACCAUCCAGGCUGAGCUGUUCCCCUCGCGCUACCGCGCCAAGGGCAUGGCCCUCGGCACCGCCAGCAACUGGAUCUGGAACUUUUGCAUCGGCUUCUUCACCCCCUUCAUCGUCAAGGCCAUCGACUACAGCUACGGCUACGUCUUUGCCGGCUGCAACUUUGUCGCCGCCCUGCUCGUCUAUUUCUUCGUCGUCGAGGGCCAGGGACGUACUCUGGAAGAGAUUGACACCAUGUACCUCGAGGGCGUCAAGCCGUGGCGGAGCACCGGCUGGGAGCCGCCCUCGGCCGAGCACAUGGCCCGUCUGCGCCGCCAGGCCGGCGUGGAUCUCGAGGACGGCGGCAGCGAGGGCGGGCUGAGCGGCGACACGACGACCGACGGCCACCCGGGGCUGGGACGCAAGAAGGAGAGUGGCAACGGCGAGGAGCUGAUGCACCAGGAGCAUGCAUAG